AUGGCGGAUGUGGAAAUGAAAGAGGCCGGCACCUCUGGUGCUUCCAAGGCCAAGGGGAUGUCCAAGGUCGCAGAUGCCUCCAGUGACGGCAAGAAAAAGUUCGAGGUUAAGAAGUGGAACGCUGUGGCUCUGUGGGCGUGGGACAUCGUUGUCGACAACUGUGCGAUUUGCCGCAAUCAUAUUAUGGAUCUAUGCAUUGAAUGUCAGGCAAACCAAGGCUCAUCUACGACGGAAGAGUGUACAGUUGCUUGGGGCAUCUGUAAUCACGCUUUCCAUUUCCACUGUAUUUCACGGUGGCUAAAGACCCGUCAAGUCUGUCCUUUGGAUAACAGAGACUGGGAGUUCCAAAAAUAUGGUCGGUAG